AAUAAUUUGUAUAAUUCCAGGCAAUAUGAAAUACUUCAAAGAGAAAGUCUUAUGAGAAAUAGUUCGGAUGGAUCAUUAUCUGAUGUGGAUGGACCCACUUUUCCUUCUCCUAUAGUUGAUACUGAUCUCAUGAGUGAUUUACACGAUGUGAUAUUUAAUUAUUCUGGUUCUUUGUUAAAAACUUCACCAGGCAAAACUCUUCCUGCAAAUAAAUCUCUUAAUGAUGAGUUGGUAAAUCAAAAGAAGGCUUCAACAUUGAAUAUCUCUUCAAUGAAUAGCAAGAGAAUUUCUAGUCUUCCUCCACCUGCACCAAGACCUCCUCCUAGAAACAAACGCAGAACUGCUUCGGAUGGUGCUUCACAAAUGUCUAAUCAAAAUAGUUGUCAGUCUCCAUUGAUAAAAUUGGAUUCUGUUGAAGAAGAUAGUGUUUUCCCUAAUGAGAAUCACAAAACUAUAAACGAUACCUUAAUUGAAUUACAGGAUGCAUUCAACAAUAUAUCUAGUCAAGAUUCAAAUACAGAAAAAUUACAGCAGACAAAUCCAAUUUACUAUGCACCAUGUGUACCUCCCAGGAAAUCAUCUGACUUAGGCAAUAACAUUGCACCAAAAACUAAUUCUUCAUUAAAAUCAAAUCCAUUUAUAACAUCCGACAAAUGGUUGAAGGACAACAAAGUAAAUGCAACUCAUUUUCAAAAAACUGAAAAUUUGAGUACUUCUUCAACAAAGUCCACUUCUCCAAUAUAUACAUUCCAUGAAAAUGCCAGGGAAUCAAAUUCUCAUAUUUACAGUAAAACUUCAUUUCCUCCAAAAAACCUUCCAUUGUCAAGAAAAGCUUCAUCACCUGCAGUUUUAUCAACAGCUUCUUCAUUUUCAUCUCCUCCUCCUCCUCCAUUACAGUAUUCACAAUUAAGUAAAUCGUCAAGUGUAGACGGGAAACAAGAUCUGUUCGAUUCAUUAGUUAAUUGGAAAGAUAAUAGUUUUUCGGAAAAUAGUAAACGUUUACAAAUGAAAUCAUGGGAAACCUUUCAAUAAUCAUAAAAAUUAGAAUAUUUUAAUGAAAGAAAUUUGCUGAAAAUUUGUCUUAUGUAAUCCAGUUUUUUUUUGGAAAGUGACUCAAAAAUUAGGAGUUUGCUUUUGCCCAGCAGAAAGAACUUUAAGGAUAUUUGUGUAUUAUAGGAACCAUAGAAAAUCAUUUUACAUAUUGUUAAAAUUAUUCAUCAAAGAUGAAAGUCGACAUUAUAAUUGUAUAAUUGUUGAUUUAUUUUAUUAAGAUAUCACCAUUAAAAAAAAAAUCAAAUUUA